UCACGUCAGUCUAUUGUGCGCACGAAAACAACUGCGUUAGUGAAAUUUCUUAGAGCGCGCAAUUCUGUCAGAGAAACUGUGUUCAGCUACCUCAAGCUGGAAACAGAGGAAACAGAAAAUACGGAGCUAAAUUAUUAUUGUCUUUUUUAUUAUAAUGUUUUGCUCCAUAGUCACUGAAUCACUGAAAACUGCGAGUAAUCCACCAGCGGUGACUGUUACUCUUCUACGGAAUGAAAAUCUUCCGGGAAUAUCAGUACCUCUGGAUAAGAGUCAAUUGCCAAUCGACAUUUUGCUUUUGACGGUGAAGGAUUGGGAAUUUCUAGCUUGUAUGUCGUGUUUAAAUCGCGACUUCUGUAGAAGUUACUGCGAAGAGCUUCGUCAAGACGUGUACCUAGGCAAAAUUGGGAACGAUGACAUGCUGCCAAAGAUCGCUGUGGUGAAGUGUUACACAGGGUCCACCGUUCCACAAGGAUCUUGGGUUACCGUAACGAAUGCAGUCAAAGUCUUGAAGCCCAAAGCGGUAAUCGGUGUGGGUUGCUGUGGUGGCUUAGACCCCGCAAAAUUCAAACUUGGGGACGUGGUAGUGUCAGUGAAACUGAUAACAUAUUCCUCCUUCAAAGUCACGGACAAAGGCAUUACAGAACGUGGUGUAAGAGUUCCAUUAAGAUCCGAUAUUUCAAAACUGAUGUUAACUGCUGCCCAUGGUUGGAACGCCCCACUGAAGAAUCCAAAAGAAUUUGAGGUCGAUAUGCACCUAGGAGUGUUUCUGAGUGGCCCAGAAAGUGUUGAUAGCAGUGCGCGGCGUGAGGAACUCAAAGAACGCUUCUCAGAAGCCGAUGUUAUUGAAAUGGAGGGCGAAGGUAAGUUAAACAAAUUGCAGCUACCUCAGUGAUAUGUUAUCUUCUAAAAGUAAUAAUGCUUGAAGUCUCAAUUGGCAGGGUGUGAAAAUGGUUGUCUUACCCAAAUUCAUUAGACUGAGGUUUUAAGUUGGCAUGUAUAUUUGGGGGUGUAUCUGUAUAAGUGGAUAAAAAAGUUGAAAUCAAAUUAGAAUGACAGUGACUGUAAAUCUCGGUAGUCUGCUUCUGACUGUCUGUCACACGCCUUAAUAGUUUGUCGUUCGUGUUGUUUGGAUUGAGCACAAUCUAUUCUUAGAAUUAAAUGCAUGCAUGCGUUUCUGGGCACAAAGAGUUGAGCAGACAUCCUUAAUCAAUCGAGUUUGUAAAGGUUUCAAAAGGUGGGUAGUGCCAUCCUCUGAAUAAAUCUGUAUCCAGUGGAUAACGCAAUGGGUUUCCCUAAUACCUAUCCGCUGGAUAGUGAUUUAUCCAUUGGAUAGCGCUAUUCAGCGUUUGAACAAUUGGGUCCUGGACUAUUAAUCUGCGGAGGGGGGGGGGGCGGAAACCAGGCGCAAGAGCAUACAACAUAAGAUGACUCGUUAGCUACUCCUUGGUACUUACUCAACAAACAUAUUGUGAUUCACUUUAAACAAAUAUGGUUGGUUGAUGACACAGCAGGAGGUGGACGAAAUGUACCGUUAUCGAUCUAGUACAAACCCUUAGGUACUAUAUGGUCAGUGGUUUAAAAAACCGGCUGACUGUUAAGUGCCAGGAUUUGAAAGAUUAAGCACAAAGUGGGAUAGGGUGUAUUAAUAGAAGUUAACAGUAAGACUGGGGGUAAACGCCAACUUGGUGCUCUCAUAGGAUCUAAAGGCUACAAGGCCAAUAUUGUAAUGGAAAAAAACAUGCACAGUAUGGAGUAACCUUAACAAUCGCAAAGGGUCAACCACGUGCAGCCCAUGUUAUCUUUACGAAGGGGUGCAAAUCCAAAUUUACAUACUUCAUGCGAACAAUCGAGUCAUUUGAAGAUUGCAAUUGCUGUAAUUAUAUCAUGCCCUCAUCUAACUUGUUAGUUCACAGUUCUUGGGGGCUAAGAUCUUAAUUUAAGUCUAAAUUUAAGCCCUAGGCCAAACGUCGAACUUUUCAUGACAACUUUUCAUGAGUUGGUGAGUCAAGUUCAUAAAAUGUUCGACCGGGUCUGGCUCAGUUAAGUUCGUCUGAAUGAGUUUGGAUCGACCAACACGUUCUAUCCGUCAACUUCAGACGGAUAGAACGUCGACGCGUCUUAAGUUCGACGUCUGAGCCAACAGACGAUCUUCACUUUAUUUAGGUCGACCCAAAUUAGAGUUUGGUUCGUCUCAUGAAAGUUCGACGUUUGGCCUGGGCCUCAGUCAUGUUCAUCCUGACUUUCCUUAAACUUUAACCAGGACUUGUCCUAAAUCUACCCACCGAUGCUGGUAGCAAUUUAACCACAUAGCUGCUUUUCCUUGCGCUUCUCAUAAGUCUAGAUCUUUCCGAGAAAACACACUUGUCCUUACAAUUAUUUUUUAGGUGUUUAUGAAGCGGCUCAAGAGCUGAAUAUUCCGUGGACUAUAAUUAAAGGCGUCUCGAACUACGCAGAUGGAGAAAUGUUUGAACCAAAUCCUUGGAAAAAGUUCGCGAGUUUAAUGGCAGCUUCCGUAACUGUUCAUAUUCUCAGUAAUCCUGUUACUUUCAAAGACUGGCGUCACUAUCAAAGUACAGGUGAGCAUUGAAUAUCGGCUGAGGGACGUUUAGUUGGUCCCAUGCAAAUACCCUUUUCAAUGGGCUAAUUAGUGUGCUUCUAAUGAUCUUAACAAGGAUCCUCAAAAUAUUUUUGCCAACGAGAUCUUGAGAACCCUGGCAGAUUCUUGCAGAGAUUCUCAACUUCCUUUCAAGAUCCUCGAAGAUAUUUGAUUAUCGUCAAAGAUCUUGAAGGAUCCUUUUCGGACCUUUCCACGAUGAUGAGUUACGAGCAGAUAUUACGCUUUUAAUAAUUUCCAUUGAAUAGCUCAGUACAAGAUAAUCACUUUCCAGAAAAACCAUAACUUCAACAAACCAAACAGAUAUUGAUAUGCUCGACUUUUUUUGAUGGAGAGACCAGUUGAUAAUUUUUCUUAGAUCGUGGGCAGAAGUUCUUGUUUUUGUUAUUUAGGUAUUAAUAUAUUCCGAUUGCAAUGGUAAAAAUUUAACACGAGUUCCUCUUGUAGGCUUGGUUACGAUAUUUUCAUAUGGAUGCACAUAAAUUUCUUUUACUUCAAACAGAACGUAACUUUCCUUUGUUCGAUAAAAUCUUUGUCCUUCCUUUGGUAAAAGAAGAUAAUCAUUUUUUUUAAGGUUAUGCGAAGUCAUUGUUGAAACAGAUUUUAAAAAACUGAUAAUAAAGUACCAGUCAAAUAGCUUUCUUAGGAACUCAUUAACAUAAAAUUGAACGCCUCAAAAACAAUCAUUGUUACUCUUCGUUAUUUCCUUCGCAGAAGAACCUCCACAAGAAACAUCCACAUACCUUUCAAGACUAUGUCGAUUAACUUAAUCAACGCCUACAAAGAAGUCGUUGCGGACUACUCUUCUGCGGAGGGGAAACACCAGGCAGAAGAGCAUACAACACAAAAUGAUCCGUCAGCUACUCCUUGGAAUUUAGGCAACAAACUGAUUGUGAUUUAAAGCUUCAGAAUGUAAAUGUUGUAGUUAAUUUUUCAUUUCUGUUAAUUUUUAUUUUUCCAUUGUUUUGGGUAUGGUAAUAUAUGCUAAUGAAUUUAAAACAAAGGAAAAACAAAAAUUGACUGCAACGUGUACACUCGCACUUUAAACAAAUAUGGUUACCUGAUGACACGGCAGGAGGUGGACGAAUUGUACCCUUAUUUAUCGGGUACAAACCCUUAGGCCAGGAAGGAAACUAAUUUGGCUAUAUGUUCCACGGUUAAAAAAGUCGGCCUUCACGGUGGUUAACUGCCAGGAUUUGAAAGAUGAAGCAGAAAGGGUGAUAGGGUGUAUUAUAGAAGUUAACAUUAUAACGGAAGGUAAACGCCAGCUUGGUGUUGUCAUUUGGUCUAAAGGUUACAAGAGCACUACUGUAAUGCAAAAAACCUGGAAGAUAUUUGAUUAUCGUCAAAGAUCUUGAAGGAUCCUUUUCGGACCUUUCCAUGAUGGUCAGCUGAAUUAUAUUAGUCCCCUUAAUAAGCUACAUAGGGGAGGGGAGGCCUGUCUAUUUAUUUACCUUUUUUUUUUCAGCCAUUUUGAGCUGGUACUUAUUAAAGAGAAGGAAUUAUUAAAACCUAGAGCGGCGACACUAUGCUUCUCGUAGACCAUCCUCCAAGAACAGAAAAUAAACACAGAAUCAGCAGAAAUUACAGCAUGCAGAUGACUGAAGGUACGCUGAAUGUGUUUAGGUUCAGUUCCAUGUACAUACUGUUCACACAUCAUGAUGGAGAGGAGAUGUCUGACGUGACGUUAAUAUGGUAGAAAAAUUUUGGAUCACAUUAGUGGGGAGUUUUUGCAACAGAAAAAAAGCAAUAGGUUUUUAAUUUCACUCGCCCGCUUUAUCGAGUAGGUGAGCACAACACAAUUUUUUUUUUUUUCGUUUUCUAAACUUAGCUACGGUCCUUUCGGAUUCAACCCAGAGAAUUUCGCCAACAUUUGAUUACGUACAAAAAAAAUAAGAAACGAAACACUAUUCACAGUCCAAGCUAACUCUGAAAGCCCUACUUUGGACCACCAUCUAAUUUGCCGAAUGUCCCUCCUUUUCCAAUGUUAAGUUUAUGGAGGGUAGGGGUACAGGAGGGUAAAUCUCCCUCGAUCCUCCCUACUUUUUCAGUCAAUUUCUCCUCCUCCCUAUUAUGUACCUCCCCCUUCUUUAUGUGAGUCAAUGACUACUAGACAUCAAAUGCAAAAUUCUCCUUAUUAGUGAAAAAUGAAUUCAUGCAUACCAGUGUGGAAAAUAUGCGUGUUUAUUUGCGGACAUAACGGGUUGAUUUAGGGAUCGAAACUCGGCGGAUCUUUCAUAAACGAUUGUUGGACAUCAGAGAGUAGACAAUAACUGAGACAAUUUGUGGUUAAAUCGUAAAAAUAUAUGAUGUAAAUGUAAAAAUAAAUUUUCUCUUUUUUAAAGGAAUUAUCAAAGAUGGCGUGAUCCAGGGGAACCUUGGCCGGGAAAGAUGUUGCUGAGCGACCAACAGUAAUGCAGCCGAGGAAACGUGAUUUCAAACGAUAUCGAAGGAUUCGUAGAAAAAAUAGAAUUCAGUAUACUUAA